AUGUUUGGCAGCCUCGGACCGAUCUGGCUCCUCCCGAAGCUCGGAAACACGGCGCCGAUCGUGAUAACGCAGAGGUCAUUUCAGAAUCUGCCGUCAAUGACGCACCCGUCCCCGACCACCGCGCUCUCAGCGCAGGAGAAGAAGAUCCGCCGGCGCGUGCAGUGCAAGAUGAACAUGCGCUGCUACCGCGAGCGGCGGAAGCGCAACGUGUCCAACCUCGAGGACGCGAUCGCGACGCUCAAUGCGCAGAUCGACGCACUCGCCGCGCAGAAGCGGGCGCUCGAGGUGCAUCGGCCGCUGUCGUUCUACGCCGAGCACUCGGCGCCGAUGGCGCUGACGAUGCAGUAUAAGAACAUGAUGUCGCAGGGCGGCUUUGGCCCGACGCAGGAGGCCUUCUUCCGGUCGACCUUCUCGCCGGACUUUAUGGCCCACGGCCGGACGCUCGACGACUUUAUCAGCAUGUGGUACCGCGUCGGCCAGUUCUUCGCGCAGCCCAACCCGCUUCUGGCCAUGGCGCCCGUCCGCGCCAACAUCGUGCGCUUCGAGAUCUCGCUGCACGUCGAAAUCACACGGCCAUUGCUUGAGGCGUGUUUCGGCUACAUCCUCGAGCAUGAGGACGAGGCCACGAUCGACGAGCUCGCGGGCGGCGGCUACGCGAUGGACACGAUCAUGGAGCGCAUCUUCUACUUUGACCAGCUCGAAGACGGACGCUACGUGAUUUCGGGGUCGUCCUGCGGCGACAACCGCGCGGCGGUCAUGGCGUCGCUCGUUGCGCAUGCGCAAGAAACGGCGCGCGCCAAGGGGCCCGGCGUGCUCUCGAUCACACAUUUGCUGCAUGUAAGUUAAGUUGACUGUAGUAAUCUUAAGCGUGAGUACGAU